CCAUUCUAAAAAGGAGCCCCGACAUCACGAAGGGCUCGGUCCCGAAAUCCGAGCACCUCCUCAGGAUCGAUGACCACGAUUUCACAAUGCGGCCUGGCUUUGGAGGCCCAGCAAUUCCUGUGGGCGUGGAUGUGCAGGUUGAAAGCUUGGACACUAUCUCUGAAGUGGAUAUGGACUUCACCAUGACUCUGUACCUGAGGCACUAUUGGAAAGACGAGCGCCUGUCCUACCCAGGCAAGACCAACCAGAGCAUGACUUUUGAUAGCCGCUUACUAAAGAAGAUCUGGGUCCCUGACAUGUUCUUCGUCCACUCCAAACGUUCCUUCAUCCACGAUACAACAAUGGACAACGUCAUGCUCAGGGUGUAUCCGGACGGCAAAGUACUCUAUAGCGUCAGGGUCACAGUUACAGCCAUGUGUAACAUGGACCUCAGCCACUUUCCACUUGACACCCAGACAUGCUCGCUGGAGAUCGAGAGCUAUGCGUACACCGACGAUGAUCUGAUGCUGUACUGGAAGAAAGGGAACGACUCUCUGAAGACAGAUGACAAGAUCUCACUCUCUCAGUUCCUCAUUCAGGAGUUUCACACCACCACAAAACUGGCUUUCUACAGUAGCACGGGUUGGUACAACCGUCUUUACAUCACGUUCACCCUGAGACGUCACAUUUUCUUCUUCCUGCUGCAGACCUACUUUCCCGCUACUCUGAUGGUCAUGCUGUCCUGGGUGUCCUUCUGGAUCGACCGGCGCGCUGUCCCUGCCAGAGUUCCUCUUGGAAUCACUACGGUGCUCACCAUGUCCACCAUCAUCACAGGUGUGAAUGCCUCCAUGCCUCGAGUGUCCUACAUCAAAGCUGUGGACAUCUACCUGUGGGUCAGCUUCGUCUUCGUCUUCCUUUCCGUCCUCGAGUACGCAGCUGUCAACUACCUGUCCACUCUGCAGGAACGUAAGGAGAGGAAAUUCAGAGAGAGGCUGCCGUGCACGUGCGGGAUGUCUCAUGCGGGCCACGUGAUGAUGAGCAGCAGCUACAGCGAGAUGGACACCAUGACCACGGGUCAUUACGGCAUGUCUGAGGUGAACGGAGACAAGCGGGAGCACAUGCUGGUGCAGUUGGCCAUGGACAAGGAGCGGGGCAUUCACGGCCGAGCUGGAAAGACUCGCUCCUACAGCAGCCUCUGGAUCGACACCCACGCCAUAGACAAGUACUCACGUGUGAUCUUCCCAGGAGCUUACACGCUCUUCAACAUCAUAUACUGGUCCAUUUAUUCCUAACAGCGGCAUACCAGAGAUGACAGCGUUAUCACGAUGAAGAUACUCUUCAGUGUCCUAGGUCAGUCAGUCUGCUUUAGGUCACACCCACGUUGGGUUUAAAUCCAAAUACAGAUACAGAUAUGAAUAUUUGGAGCUCUAAACACAUACAGAUAGUAGCAUCGUGUUGCAACACCAUUUCUGGAAGCGCCAGGCUUAGCGUAUUGAAGAAGAGAAAGUAUUUAUUAGAGAAAUUAUAUUUCUUUGCAUAUUCCUGGAAGUUGGGUUCAGAAUGUACUGUAGGGUCAGCCGUGAUACAGAACCCCUGGAGAAGAUAGGGUUAAGGGCCAUGCUCAAGGGCCCCAACAGUUGCAGCUUGUCAGUGCUGGGGCUUGAACCCCCAUCUUGUGUGUACAUUUCACAGAAGAGCAGAACGGAAGAUGCCAGGUGCUCACAUUUACUGCAUCCUCAUUGUAUUCUAAUAUUAUUGUUGGAUUUAAAUUAAUUCCCUUAACAUUUCCCCUACGAAGAGAUCGCCAUUGUAGGGGCCAAUAUUUUAUUUCCUCUGGUGAAGAUACAGUAGAUGAGCCCUUAGAAGGCAGAAGAGUGAAAACUGGAUUCAGGAACAGAACGUAAACACAAGACAACAGACAUGCAACUAUUGUAUAUUCAACAAACACACAUCCCAUACACACAACAGACUGAUGAUAUGCAGUGCAUGGGUAUUGUACGUCAUGAAACACUUGUAUUGUUGCAUAUUGACAUUGAAUUGAACACAUCCUGACAUUUCUGUAAAUACCUCCAAAACUUGUUUAGACCUGUGAAUGUGACAGUGAAAUGUAUGCCUGAAUGCAUGGGUCAUCCUUAAAGACAUCAGUUUGUUGUAGUGUAGAAAACAAUCUUACACUUGCUGUAUUCUCUUGUAUACAUGUAUAGGGGAAAUAAUCAACUUCAAAUUUAUACACUAGGUCUUUUGAGUCUGUCUGUGUGAAUAUGAGCCACACAGUAUGUAUUCAUAAGCAUACACAAAUAUAUUUUGGAAAUGUGUUCGUCCAAAUAUAUAUUAGACGAAGACAGGUCUAUCCAAGUUUUCCUGGUCUUCCAGACCUGGCCUUGACUCUUGUUGUCAUUUUUUUUUUUAAAUCAUCAUUUGGGAAGAUUUCACAAAAAUUUCUCAAGGACCUUAUUAGUACACAACACGCAAAAGCUACAAAGGCAUAG